CUUUUAUCUCUUACUCUUUGUUUCAAACCUUUUUUUUUUCAUUUAAUAUAUAAAAAGGAUAUUCAUUAUUAAUAUCUUUUCCCACUUCCCAAUCCUUAUUUAUUUUAAUUAAACAAAGAUGCGCUCUACUCAUUCCUUUCUUUUAACUAUCGCUACUGUCAUUUCAACAACUUUAUUCUAUCAAGCUUAUUCAGCACCUGCUCUUUCAAGAUUUGAUAUUUCUUCAGAAAACAAUUUAAAUGAUUUGACAGCCUCGGCCCUGGUUGGUCGCGAUGUCAAUAGCUAUUCCGAUAUUGAAAAAAGACACCAUCAUCAUCAUCAUCAUCACCACCACCGUCACCAUAAACAUUCUACAACAACGACUAGCAUUACGAAAAAAAAAUCAACUCUCAAGAAGAAAACAAGCUCCAAGAAAAAGACAACUACAAAGAAGGCAACAGCUAAGAAGGCAACGACUAAGAAGACAACUACUAAAAAGAAGACAACCACCAGAAAGAAGACAACUACCACAAAGAAGAGAACUACCACAAAGAAGAGAAAGACUACCAAGAAGAGAAAGACUACCAAGAAGAAGACUACUACUACCACCACCAAGAGUCCUUCUAGUUAUGAAUUCUCUGGUCAAGGUACCUUCUACAAUCCUGGUUUAGGUUCUUGUGGCUAUACAAACACUGAGAAUGAGCUCAUUGCUGCAUUGAAUGCUCCACAAAUGCAUAAUGGUGCUAACCCUAAUAAUAAUCCUCUUUGUGGCAAAUAUGUUAAUGUCAAAGGUCCUUUAGGAACAGUUAAAGUUAAAAUUGUCGACACAUGUCCACCAUGCGCUAGUGGUGACCUUGACUUGAGUCCUGCUGCUUUCAUGAAAAUUGGUAAUCUUGAACAAGGUAGAAUUCCUAUUCAAUGGAGUUGGGCUAACUAAAAAAAAAAAAGUUGUAUGUUGUACACUAUGCGCAAUAAACUUCUUUAUAAUUCUUCUUGUUAUCAGCUUGUUAAAAAAAAAAAAAGGAGUACAAUUAUAUUAAUUACAUGAAUUCAAAUUCAAUUACAGCAGUAGUAAUGAUAUUAACUCUUUUGAGUAAAAUGAAUUAAUAACUCUAUUUCAUGAUUAUUGUUGUAAUAGAC